UAUUAGUUAAAAAUAUUAUAAAUAUGGAAUGAACUGUUUGUGGAUGAAUUAUUUUAAAUUUUACUUUGAAAGAGUAACUCAAAUCUUUUUGAUGCUUUUAUAUAUUUCAAUUAAUCUACUGUAAAUUGUUUAUAUAUAGGUUUAAUAGUUUAAUCAAAAUGCCUAAGAGAACAUCAUCUUCGAAUAAACCAAACAAGAAAUCUAAAGCAAGAACAUUGCCAGUAAGACGAAGAAGUAUCAAAAGCCAAUAUAUGUGCAAAGUAUUGGACUCACCAGUAAAAUCAGCUAGUGAUAAGAAGUUAUAUCGAACCAUAAAAUUGUCUAACAAUUUAAUCGCUCUUUUGAUCUCUGACCAAUCUGCUGUUACAUCUGAUUCUGAAUCUUCCUGUAGUGAUUCAGAUGAAUCUGAAGAUGAAUUGAGUUCUUGCUCAAUAGAAAGUGAUGCUUCUGAUCACAGCAUGACUUCGCUGCAUUCUGUGAAUGAAAAAAAAUCAAGUAGUAAAUUGGCUGCAGCUUCGCUAACAGUUGGUGUAGGAUCCUUUAGUGAUCCUCAUGAUGUUCAGGGUCUAGCCCAUUUUUUAGAGCAUAUGGUUUUUAUGGGAAGCAAGGCUUUUCCUUCUGAAAAUGAUUUUGAAGCUUUUGUUAAGAGGAAAGGUGGCUCAAGUAAUGCUCAUACUGGUAUGGAAAAUACCACUUUCUAUUUUGAGGUCAAAGAAUCAAGUCUUGAGGAAACAUUAUUUAAAUUUGCUCAAUUUUUUAUUGAACCAUUAUUAAAGCAAGAAGCCAUGACCAGAGAGAGGAAGGCAGUUAAUUCUGAGUUUCAGAUGGCUACACAAAGUAAUGAGGAUCGUGUUGAACAACUGUUACUGAGCUUGGCAAGAGAUGGGCAUCCAGCUAGGACUUUUUCAUGGGGAAAUGAAGUAUCAUUGCAAAAAAAUAUUACUGAUGAAGUUUUGCACAAUCAUUUACAUACUUUUCGAGUUAGGCAUUACUCUAGUAACAGAAUGACGCUGGCACUGCAGUCUAAGAAGUCUUUGGAUGAGCUUCAGAAAAUGGUAGUAAAUAUAUUAUCUAAUGUACCAAAUAAUAAUCUUGAGGCACUGAAUUUCAAAGAGUUUGCUGAUGAAUCUUCUUUCGACACAGAAAAAUUCAAAAAGAUUUAUUACAUGAAACCUAUAGGAAAUAUUUUCAAGGUUUACUUAACAUGGAGCAUGCCAUCUCUUUUGAGCAUUUAUCGCUAUAAACCACAUACUUAUGUAUCAUGGAUUCUGGGGUACGAAGGGACUGGAAGUUUGUUGGCAUAUUUACGCAAGAAAUUGUGGGCAAUAUCUAUUGAAGCUGGUAAUAGUGAAGCAGAUUCAGAACAUAAUACUUUAUAUUGUUUAUUUGGAGUGACCAUGGUGUUGACUGAAGAUGGUAUGAGGAAUUUAGAACAUAUCUUCCAUGCAGUGUUUGCAUAUUUAGAAUUGAUUAGACGGAAAGGUGUGAAUGAGAAAAUGUUCAAUGAUAUAAAACUAUUAGAUGAAAUAGGUUUUCAAUAUGCCCAAGAAGUUGAUGCUGUAGAUAACGUUGAAGAUAUUUCUGAGAACAUGCAAUUAUAUGCACCUAAAGAUUAUCUUACUGGAUCUGAAUUGAUGUUUGAAUAUAGUUCAGAUUAUAUAUUUCAAGUUUUAGAUAGACUUAAUGCAGAAUCUGUGAAUAUAAUUGUUCUAGAUUCAACUCUCAAUGAUGAUGUUUAUAAUGAAGUGGAACCUUGGUUUUCAACUAAAUAUUUUAGCCGAGAUAUUCCUAUUCAGUGGAUUGAGGCAUGGAAAAGCAUUCAGAUUUAUCCAGAAUUUGAGUUGCCAAAUGUCAGUAACUUUCUUACGACUGAUUUUAGUAUAAUGCAGAUUCCAGAAGAUAUACCUGUAAUGCCUGUUCAAGUUCAUUGUGAUGCUAUUUUAGGGAUCUGGCAUAAGUUUGACAAUAUUUUCAAGCUUCCCAAAGCUCAUAUGUAUUUUUACUUUAUAACGCCUUUAGUGCAGUAUUCUGCUAAACAUGCUGCAUUGGUGGAUCUGUACGUGUACAUAUUGAAGCAUGUUUUGGUGGAAACCUUAUACCCAGCAGUUGCAGCACAUCUGAAUUAUACAAUAUAUGCAGCUACUAAAGGUUUUAUUGUGAAAGUUGAUGGAUUUAAUGAGAAAUUGCCGAUGCUUUUCAACUUGAUUAUUCAAACAAUGAAUACAUUGCUUUCAAAGUUUACUCCAGAAAUUUUUCAAAUAAUAAAAGAACAACAAUUAAAGAAUUAUCACAAUUAUUUUAUUAAACCUGCUCGCCUGAUUAAAGAUCUUCGCUCGAGUGCAUUGCGACAAAUGUUUUGGAGUUCAUUAGAUAGAUUUGCUGCUUUAAAAGAGAUUUCGUAUGUUGAUAUGCAAUAUUUUUCUAAAGAUAUAUUAAAAUCAAUGAAAAUUAAAUGCUUAGUUCAAGGAAAUAUGUCAGAUUUGAUAGCCAAGCAAGUGAUUAAUAAUACAAUUAGUCCUCUAGGUCUGGAGAAACUUCCACAUAGUGCAAAACCAUUGGUGAGAGUAGUGCAAAUUCCAGAAGGAGAAAGAAUCAUUUGCAUGUCGUCUUUAAACAAGGAUGAUGUAAAUUCCGUUGUUAUGAAUUAUUAUCAAGUAGGAAAACUGAACAUGGUAGAUUAUGCAAUUUUGGAAUUAUUAAUGGCAAUUAUGGAAGAGCCUAUUUUUGACGUCCUAAGAACUAAAGAACAAUUGGGAUAUGACGUUCGAUGUGAUAUGAGUGAUUUCUUUGGAGUACUGGGUUUUUCUGUAACUGUACAUUAUCAAGCUGACAAAUUUGAACCUCAAUACAUAAAUCAACGUAUUGAAGCAUUUUUAACAGAUUUCAAGCAAAUUUUGUUGAAAUUAUCUCCUGCUGAUUAUGCAGACUUUCAAGAUUCUUUAAUAAGAAUUAAACAAUGCCCAGAUGUAGAUUUAAGUCAAGAAGUUUCUCGCAAUUGGUCUGAAAUAACAUCAGGCGAAUAUAUAUUUGAUAGAUUAUACAAAGAAGUGGAGUUUAUUAAAAAUACAACGUUAGACGUAAUCAUCAAGUGGUUUGAUGAACACACAGUUGGCGGGGCCUCAUUCAGGAAAGUUUCCUUUCAGGUUCUUGGGCAUAAGCCUUCUGAAGAUAAAAGUUCACAUCUGGAUAAAGUGACUGAGCUCGUGUUAGCAUCCACCGAUUCAUGUCUAGAUGAAAAAACUGAAUAUGACACAAAUUUAGAAUCAUACUUAGUGAACUUAGAAGCAGACAAAACGAAUUUAUAUAUCACUAACGUUGAGAAAUUUAAAAAUGACUUGUAUUUAUAUCCAAUUUUCAAAACUAAACUUACAUAG